CAAAACAAAAAAAUAAGUUAAAACGAAAAAAAAAAAACAAUGAAUGAAGACCAACAAAAUGACCACCAGCAACCAUGCAAGAAGCCACGAAUGGAGGAAGCUAUUUCGGAACAUGCCACUGCAAUGAAAGUGGCUGGCUUUUCAUUGAGUGCUAUUGAAGAGAUGAAAAAUCAUGUUGAUAGUAACAAGAAUGAAAAUUCUCUUGGUCAGCAAUUGAGAGAGUUCCAAGUGCUUGACGAAGUUGGAUCUGGAACUGAAGAAUCUGAUGGCAGUGAUCAGGAUGGUGAUUCAUCUGACUUGGACUUUGACGAUGAUGAACUUGAUACUUUGUUGGAUGAAGGUUUGCCAGAAGACUUGAAAGGUCGUCAAAAACCAAAAUAUGAGGAACGAUAUAAAACUGUAUUAGAAGAAAAAGGUCAUAAUCAUUUCGAAGUUCUGCCCGAAGGAUGGCUUCAAGUAACCCACAACAGUGGAAUGCCUUUAUUCUUGCAUAAACAAUCCCGAGUUUGUUGUGUAGCAAAACCUUAUUUCCUGGGUCCUGGUAGUGUAAGGAAACAUGAGAUUCCUCUAAAUGCAGUUCCAUGUUUGGGCUAUCGCAAGGCUCUUCAAGAAGAAGAAGAGGAAGAACAACGUCAAGCUAAAGCUGCAGCUGCAGCUGAGUCGAAUUCCAAUAAAUGUCCAUUUGCUGCUGGUGCUAUUAACAGUCAAUCGAAUAACAGCGAUGAUGCACCACAAGUAAACGGUGGAGACACUAUUGUCAGUAGUAGUACGAACUCUACAAACAACAAAACAAUGUCCCAUCUUGCAGCUGUGCCAGCUGCUAAAAUUGUAACUGUCAAAGAGAACACCAAAGCACAGUCGAUCACAGCCCAAGAACUCAACGACUACUGCAAGAAGUUAUUCAAAUUUAAAAACAUCAAAGUUCUGAGAUUUGAGUCAUGGAAUGAACGUCGACGAUUCACCAAGAAUCGAAAGCAAAUCAAGAAUCUCCAACGUCCCACACUGCCCGAUGGCACAAAAUUGAUAAAAUUCCCAAUUCUUGUACCCAAAGGCGAGGCAGCAAAAAAUCCACGUGCUCGCAAAGAAUGGAUCAUGAAUCCGAAUGGCAAGAGUUAUAUUUGUAUUUUGCAUGAAUACGUUCAACAUGCUUUGAAGAAACAACCAACUUAUGAGUUUAUCGAAUUGGAGAAUGCGGCAACGCCAUAUGCAGCAACUGUUUCGAUAAAUGAUUUAAAAUAUGGAACUGGCUAUGGAACGAGUAAGAAACAAGCAAAAUCCGAUGCGGCGAGAGAAACUUUGGAAAUUUUAAUUCCCGAAAUGAAGGACAAGAUUACAGGCAUCAAGACCGAUAAAGUUGCAACGAAACCAAAUUACAAGGAUCUUUCUGUAUUUGAUGAUAUAAAAAUUGAAGAUCCUCGGGUGGAGGAAUUUUGUAAUAAGACAACUGAACCACCACCACAUGCUAUAUUGUUGACGUGUUUGCAGAGAAAUUUCGGUCUCGGUGAUGUUCAGAUUAAUUACAAAAUCAAUCGAAGGAAAAAUAAGAAAAAUGAAUUUACUAUGACUGUGGGCAAGCAUGAGGCUAAGGUGAUCUGUAAAAAUAAGAAGGAAGGAAAGCAGUUAGCUUCGCAAGCUAUUUUACAGAUUCUUCAUCCGCACAUCAAAACUUGGGGUUCCUUAUUACGACUCUAUGGCAAUAAUUCCAUUAAAACAUUCAAAGAGAAAAAACUCGAAGAACAAGAAAUCACUGUAUUGCAAAGCAAAGCCGCCAUUAAUCAACCAAAUUAUGCAAUUUUAGAUAAACUCAAAGUUGAAAUGCAAAAAUUAUCGGAAAAAAAUAAAUCCGUACAAUCGAUAGGUACAUUCAUUCCACCAAAUGAUGUUGAUUUACCAACAUCAUCUGGAUCUAAUUUAACAAAUGUAGAACUCUAGCAAAGAACAAUUAUUGCUAAAAUUAAGACUGCAAAAGACCCAUUUUAAUUUUAAAUUAAUUUAAACAAAAGAAAAACAUAAUGGAUUUUUAGAAGUUUAAAAAAAAAAAUAAUAUUUUGUAAGAAAUUAAACAAAAAAAAAGUAUCGAAAGCACGAAUUGUGAUGUGUCCAAGCAACUAUGUAUGUAAUUUUAUUAAUUUUUAAUAAUAUUAUUUUUCCUCUCAUUUUUUAAUUAUAAUAUACUCUCUCAUAUAAACAAAAAAAAAUAACAACAACUCAUAGGUUUCUAAUGCUUUAUAAUAACACUAACUAUAAUGUAAGCACAAUCAAUUGUUUCGCUGUUGUUCUAUUUAAGUGCCCAAUUUAAGAGUUUUGUGCCUCUCAUCCUAAAAAUAAAGGCCAAAUCAAUAUGGUUUAUAGAAAUAAAAAAGAAAAAAAAAAGUAAAAAUUUAGUCAAUAAAAAAAUUAUCUGAAUACUCUUUCGCCGUUACAAAUAAUGUGUUCAAUGAGGUUUUAAACGUAGUAAAAGAAUUUUUUCUAAAUAAUUUAAUUCUGCAAAAAUAAGAAAAUAAAUGUUGUAUCCUUGAUUGAAGUAUAAUAUUAUUUGAAAUUCUAAACCCCUACACCUACAUAAAUAACUUACUUCCUAUAGUUAUGGAUACCAGCAAAUGACACUAACGGAGAAUGCUGUAGAUUUUGGUGACCGCGGUCAGGUGACAUGAGGUUGCUGCUUCGAAAAAUAUAAGCAGCAAAGAAAGAGUAUCCAGAAAACGGCGUGCGCAGUCCCACCCAACUUAAGAAGAUUAAAAAGUCCCGAUCUAAAAAAAACUCAAAAGCUCUUCAAAAUAUCGAAGGUAAACCAGUUAAAAAAUAAAAAAAUCUACAUCUUAAAAACUACAUCUACAUCAUUUAGCAGAGAUGUAUUUUUCAUGACAAUGGUAAUCUUUAAAGCUUUGUCAAUUUAUUGCAGAAGGCAG